ACUUUGCAGACGGUCCCUUCGGACUUGUCUCUCAGAAGCCAGCGCAUUGAGAUCAAUGUAUUUUGUACAGAGCGCAGGAAAGCUUAUUUUGAGGACAAGUCGCUUGUAGCUCGUUUUCUACAUCACUACGAAAGAAAAGGGGCGCCAAUUGAGUAGUAAAAACAUUUUGCUCGUGAGUUAUUGAUCCGGAAAAGUCGAAUUUGUGAAUAUCUUACCAACUUUACCGAACUGAGGAUAAGUUUACGCUAUUUUAGAUUGAAAAUAAGACUAAGUCUCAGAACAUUUUGGGCUGCCUACAUAUACAACAUUUUUUAUACCGCGAAUCAACGUAUUAUGGCCAGAAAUGCUGUUUCUGUAGGCAAGCUUAUCAGUUGGUCUGUUGAAACAGAAUAGCGAUGGCAAUCUCAACAGCAACGGGAGUGGCAUGAGGAGGAUGAGGAGACAGAAACUCCGGCACAUGAUGAGGAUGAGAGUGACUCAACAUUCAGGUGCGUCGCCCUCGGAUGGGCGGACCUGAUCUCUGCGGCCGCUGGGACACUGUCCGAACUUCCCCUAACACUGAAUUCCCAGAUCCCGGUACUGCCUGCAGGACUAACCGGACACUGACCUACCACCCUAGCAGGAACUUGCGAUAAGUCUUCAGUAAUUUUCCCCAGCGUGCUCGGAAUAUGUGGUUUAAAGUGUUUUCGGAUUAGGGGACCGACAGGGACUUUUCUCACUUCCAGCUUGAAGCUGCAUUUCUACAGUGUUUUGGAGUAGCAGUGAUCUUUCAAAGUGUGGGAAGCUACCAGUCCCUGCAUGCAUCGGUUAAACAGGCGAAAUGGAAUUGUUGUGACUGAGAUGCCAUCUAUAUAUCUAGGAAAUCAAGAUUUGGAGACGAAACAACUUGGAUCUCAAACAAAUUGCCCUGUUUUCCGGAUAACUUGGUUCCUCUGCUCUGCAUUAUGAGCAUCGUCAGUAGUUAAAUAACCGUUCACUUUGUAAUCAUUUGAUACUUAACCACAACAAUGUGGUAAUGUGUUUGCACUUGAGGCCGAGGCGACGAAGAGUAAAUUCUACGUAGAUUUUAACUGUAGAUCUCUAAUGGGGACAAAAGCAAUGGAAAUAUCACUGGAAAUUUAAAGUGUUUAAGAUGAGCUAAGAAUAUUGCACUGAGAGUGCAAACGUGUUACAGACAAUGCAAAAUCACUGAUUCAUGAAUUGGAAUGCACUGAAAUCGAACUGAUGCAUCAUUUUGUGCUUGAAUUUUGAGGAAAACUGGAAAGACGAUCACAUGAUGCUCACAGUAUUUCACACAAAACCCUCCGCACUAAACGACCAGUUACUUUAAGACACAGGAAAAUUGACAGAGGACUUGAAAGCUGUUAAACUUGUUUCAUGAGGACACAUUUUGAACAGAGGAAUGGCGGGAAAAGACUACCAUCAUCUCUUCAAGUUGCUCAUCAUUGGUGACUCGAAUGUUGGGAAAAGCAGCUUGCUCCUACGAUUCGCAGACAACUCAUUUUCUGGCAGUUACAUAACUACUAUUGGAGUUGACUUCAAGAUCCGCACAGUAGAGAUUGAUGGAGAAAGAGUUAAACUCCAGAUCUGGGACACUGCAGGGCAGGAAAGGUUCAGAACCAUCACCUCUACGUAUUACAGAAACACUCAUGGUGUCAUCAUUGUUUACGAUGUCACAAAUCCUGAAUCAUUUGUCAACGUGAAAAGAUGGUUAAACGAGAUAUCACAGAACUGUGACAACGUCUGCAAAAUUUUAGUCGGAAACAAGAAUGAUGAUCCUUCUAAAAAGCUUAUGGACACUCAAGAUGCUCUGCGGUUUGGAGAGUCAGUUGGUGUGAGGUUGUUUGAGACAAGUGCUAAAGAGAAUAUCAAUGUAGAGGAGAUGUUCAUGGCUUUCACCCACAUGGUCCUUCGGGCCAAGAAACAGAGCCAGAGUCGAGCAGAAAGAGAGAGGGAGAGAGAAAAGGACACGGUCCAUAUAAAUUCCCACAGGGACAGAGAAAGGAGGAAGAAAGGGAAGAAAUGCUGUUAGAGCAGAGGUGUUAGAACAGACGGAAAGAGGGACAAAUCAAACACCUUUGCAACUUUGUUCCUUUGGGUCAAGUUUUCAGCUCAGAAAUGUGACUUUUUCAUGAUAACACUGCGCUUAAGAUAAAACCAAGAGGAAUAAAAAUAACUUGCUAUUAUGUGCCGAACUUCAGUGUUUGUUUACACAGAUGUUUAUCAAUGUAAGUUUUUUUUUUUUUUUUUUACAAAAGGGUUAUUGACUGGCAUGGAUUUACACUGGGAUCAAAAGCCUGGUCCAGGAAAGACACUAUACACAAACUGUCUUAUGUGUUCCACUGUGAUUUAGUGAGAGAUGUUUCUUGUUGGAUUAAAAUGGACUUGAUAUAUGCCAUUAAUGUAUGCAAAUAAUAAAUUAGCAAUAAAAUAUGAUUU